AUGCACGAUCCCAUUCUCUUCUUCCUCUUUGUGGCCUCCCUCUCUUCCCUUGUCUUCCUCUCUUUCUCUCUCUUCAAACGCUUCUCCAAAAGGCAACACCACACUGCUCAAGUUCCCGCCUUGUUGCCACCCCAAAAUGCACCCAAGAAGAAGAAGAAGAAGCCCAAGAAGAAGAGAACCGAUACCCAAACGCAAGUUGAAGAGAACCCCAAAUCGGGUUCCGACUCGGGGCUCCGACUUGAAUCCGCGUCCUAUUACCCGUUCACGUCCUCCAGUAGCGUUAUGCAGAGAAAGAUCAAACACCAGUACGAUGAGCUCGUCAAAUGUAACCACUUGAAGAAACUGACACUGCCGCAGGUUAUACAUUUUGCUAAUAGUCUGGUUGAUGCUAGGAAUGAACUACAGCACAAAGCUGAUGUGAUUCAACGGAAGUUCGUAAUAACGAAGGCUUUACUAUGCAAGGCAGACAGAUCUUCUUUUGACCGUCUUCAUCAACAGAUAUACAAGCUAGAAUUAGAGCAAAAACGUUUAGAAGAGGAUGCCUUUGUUUAUAACUCUCUUCAACAACAGCUUAAACUCUCACCAGCAUACCAAAAGAUGCUUGAACUUGGAGCUUGCAUGGAAAAGGAAAAAUCAAGUGGACUGGGAGAGAACAGAGAUGAUGAUUUUGCUGACAUAUCUUUUGAAGAAUUGUUAGCACAGGAGAAGAAAGACUCGUUUUGGCAAAAAAAUGGGAAAUCAAGAUCAUGCUCAAGCUAA